AUGGACGCAUCGCCUGGCAUGCUAGCCACCAUACCUCGUGGCUUGGAGUCGCCAUCACUGGAGCCACGCGGAGCGGUGAGCUCCAUUGAGAAGCCGCUCCGAUGCUCCAUCCCCUCCGCUGCCGCUGCGGCCGCGAACAGCAGCAGCAGCAAGACGCGUCGGCAGCGCAGUGUCGUGGCGGAGGCGAAAACAGACGUCAACGUCCCCCGGUUCAAGUUGUUAGUUCUCGGUGAUUACGCAGUGGGAAAGACCUCGCUCAUUCGGCAGCUGACGCAGCGGUGUUUCUCGCAUGUGACGAGCACCACCAUUGGGGUGGAGUUCCAAGAGUACACCGUGCGAGAGGAGGGGCGCGGCAGCAGUGGCAGAAGCAAGGCGAUGUUGCAGCUCUGGGAUGUCGCUGGCCAGCAGUACUCCAGCAGCAUGACGCGGCAGUACUAUCGUUGGGCCGCGGGGGCUGUGGUCUGCGCAGAUGUCACGCGCCGCAGCACGCUCGAUGCGGCGGUGGAGUGGCGGCACGAUGUGCGGGAGAAGAUGGGAGUACCGGUGGCGCCGCGGUCCUGCGCCACAGCCACCUCCGUCUCAUCAUCUCCAACCUCAUUCAUCACUCCAUCAUCAUCAUCAUCACCAUCCCCGCAGCAACAACAACACCAGCAACGUGCUGCAUUGGCAACCAUCGAGGAAAGGAAUUGCAGCGUCACGGAGGAUGCAGGAGGCGAAAACGCUGGCGACACAUCACCACCACCACGUCAGCCGCCGCCCUCAUUGGUACCUGCAACAGCAACGGUAACAACAACAGCAUCCGGAGCAUCCCCGCCAUCACCGGCCGAAAAAGUGACCCUACACCACGCCGGAGAGGAGCCAGGCAUCCCCAUCUUCCUUGUCGCCACCAAAGCAGAUUUGCUCCCGCAAGCAGAAACGACGGUGCAGGAAAUCUAUGACUUUGCGCGCGACCACGGCUUUGAAGACGUUCUCAUCACCUCCGCAACAGACUAUAACUCUGUACGGGAUACCUUUGAGCACGUCACGGAUGUCGUGCUGGAGCACCACAAGCGGCUCUGUGAGGUGCCCUGUGGUUUGUGCAACGGGAGCCACGUUGGGGAGCGGCAGGGGGCGCCGGUCAGCUUGGCGCGUCGGCGCAUGCACACAUUGGGGUCGGCAGCAGGAGGAGGUGGUGGAGCAGCAAUGCGGCGGUCUGCAUCGCUCAGCGGCUGCUGUUCGGGAUAG